CGUUGCAACGGACAACGGCCCAGGAAAGGGGCGUUUCUGGGCGAGCUGCGCUCGAGGCUUGGCUGUUACUCCGGAGCCACUCGGGGCUGAGGAGCAGGUUGCUGCACGGCCGACGGCGUCCGGGACGCGGGAGCGGGGAAGACGAGAGAGCGGGGCGGCCCCACCGCCACCUGGCCUGAAGAGACAGACGCCAGCCUCCUUGCUGGGCCUGUGCCUCCAAGGCUUGAAGAAGGCAAAGAUGGCAUCGUCGUCCUCCCAGCGCAAAAGGGCGAGCCCUAAGCCGGAGCUGACCAAGGAGCAGAUCCAGGAGAUCCGGCAGGCGUUCGACCUCUUCGAUACGGAUGCCACUGGGACCAUUGACGUCAAGGAGCUGAAGGUGGCAAUGAGGGCGCUGGGCUUCGAGCCCAAGAAAGAAGAGAUUAAGAAGAUGAUCGGAGACAUCGACAAGGAAGGGACGGGGAAGAUGAAUUUCAACGACUUCCUGACGGUGAUGACGCAGAAGAUGUGCGAGAAGGACACCAAAGAGGAGAUCCUGAAGGCGUUCAAGCUCUUUGAUGACGACGAGACCGGGACCAUCUCGUUCAACAACCUCAAGCGUGUGGCCAAGGAGCUGGGCGAGAACCUCACGGACGAGGAGCUGCAGGAGAUGAUCGACGAGGCGGAUCGCGACGGAGACGGCGAGGUGAACGAGCAGGAGUUCCUGCGCAUCAUGAAGAAGACCAGCCUUUACUGAGCCUCCCUCCUGCGCGCAAGGCUGGCUUUCGUGCCUGCUGUUGUGUGAAACCCGGGUUUCCAGAGCACAAAUGUUUUUUCCCCACUAACUUCCCUGUGUAACUUUAGUAACAACCUCACACUUAUUUUCAACGUUUGCAAGUUUUCUCUGACAAAAAAAAGUUCUUUGUGAGGUGACCGACCUGCUGCUUCCUUUAAUUCUCCAAACAGAACAAGAGCCCGUUGGACUUUCACCCACCGCCGUCCUACCUUGCAUUGCUUCGCUCUUGCCAUGCAGCCCGCGUGUAUGCUGCCACAGAAAGACUUCGCAGGCAAACACGUGUUGUGACUUUGUCACCACAAACAGCAGGCAUCUCUAUGGUGGUUCUGGUUUGAAUUGACACCCGAGUGCAGCUUUCUCUUUAAAAAAUUCAGUGAACUCUCUCACUUGCACCUGGAUGUGUUUUUCCUAUUUGUUUUGUCUUAAAAUAAAGCCUAAGAAAAAAAAAAAAAA